UAAUUGUAACAUCCCUGAUGCGCAAAAACGAAAUUUCCUCACAAACCGUUCGUUUGUUCGAAAAAUAGUUCAGUCCGAGAUACGCGUAUCAAAAACAUAAAAACCGAGUGCGGAGUGUCUGGACAAUUUGUUUUUUUUUUCUUCUCUGGAUAAAACCAACAUGCAAUUUUGCCAAAUAGUUCUUUUAUUCGGUACGGUUACCGCCUAUGGGUCCGAUCCCAAGAAAAUUGACGAGAGGAUAAGGGGCAUACAAGCGGACACUGUAGAAUUGGUUGAAAUUUGGUCCAACGAGAUUGGACGUAAACUAACUGAGUUAAGUGUAACAAUGACUAGACAAGAAGAAGUUUUCCAGAGUUUUAGCCAACUUCAAAAUCAUUUAUAUACAAUUGACGGCGAGGUACUCACUGAUGAAGUAGCUUCAGACAUUAGCAGUUUUAUGCAGGACAAAGUCCAUGCUGUACAAAGAAUUGCAGAAUAUGCGGAAUUCCUUUCCAAGUAUCGCAAAGACGAUGAAGCUUACAAAAACGAAACUCGAGACAAAUAUUUUUAUUAUGAUGCGGAUGAAUUUGAACAUACAGAAGAAAAUAUAACAAGGACAUUGGAAAUUGUUGAAGAUGUUUUUUUGAUGGAAUGUCAUUGGUGGUGCACACAAAAAAACCUCUCAUUGGAAUUAAGCUUCAACAUGUUUACGUCACCGGGAAAUUUAAAGGAUUUAUUUGAAAAACGAGACUAUUACGAAAACGAAGAAUUUUCUUGCGACUGCGACAAUCUUCUAGACAUUUUAAGAAAAAACGACACUUAUGCCAAUUUGCCAAUGAACUAUAAUUUCCAUUUCGACGAAAGGGUGAAUUUGAAUGUCAGCGUUGUAAAAGUUGCAACGAAUAUUUACGAAAGAGAUAUGUCAGUCUUAGAAGGCAUAAGAUGGUCCGAGGCCUUGGAUUUGGUCUUCAAAAAAAACCUGCACAAAGAUCCUGAUUUGGUUUGGCAAUAUUUUGCAAGCCCUGCAGGAUUUAUGCGACAUUAUCCUGCUGUUAAAUGGUCGGAAGAGCGGUAUUAUCAAACCUACGAUUUCCGUACAAGAUCCUGGUUUACUGAAGCUAUGACUUCGCCUAAAGAUAUUAUUAUUCUAUUGGACAGAUCUGGUUCGAUGCGAGGCAAAAAAAAGGAGUUAUCCUUCCAAAUCGUUAAUGAUAUUUUGGAUACGUUGAAUGAUAACGAUUUCGUUAAUAUUUAUACGUUCAACAAUGUUACUUUGCCGCUUGUUGAUUGUUUCAACGAUACACUUUUUCAAGCUAACGAAGAAAAUUUGAGACUUUUAAGAGAACAUUUACCCACAUACGAUAUGAUUUACGCUGCAGACAUUUCAAUAGGAUUAAAAAAAGCCUUUGAGAUUCUUGCCCAUUUUCGUCGAACAAACUUAAGUGCAAAUUGUAAUCAAGCAAUAAUGCUGAUAACAGAAGGCCUAGACUAUCCGUACAACGUAAGCAUUUUUAACGAAUCCAACUGGAUGCAAAAUUUCCCAGUAAGGAUUUUCACUUACUCCUUAAGCACAGAAAAAGAGGACGAAAAGCAAAUGGAGUUUAUAGCCUGCUCAAACAUGGGCUAUUACGUCAACGUAACCAUUAGGCCAGACAUAAGAGAGAAAAUCCUCAAAUACCUCAAAGUAAUGUCCAGGCCUAUAAACUUUUGCUACCACGACAAACAAACUCCCAUAUGGAGUUACUUGUAUGUGGAUUUGGCCGAUAGGAGGUUGUCGAAUUGGUUGUGGACCAAAUUCGAAGGUAUAAGGCAACGUGAGGUAUUUUUGGAUCACGUUAAAAGACGAGUGGAUAGAUUACAGUUGAGGCAUUCCAGUUUAAAUCACAUGCUGCUGCAAGAAACUCACGAGUAUGAGAAAUACGAGGAGAAAGAUAAUUACAAGUAUAUGACGACGGUUUCGUUGCCGGUCUAUGGUCGUAGAGAAGAUGAGUACAACAUUAUUGGAGUAGCCGGAGUUGACGUUCCCAUUAGUUCAUUUAGAGCAAGAAUUCCACACGACAAAAUUGGUGUAAACGGUUACGCAUUUAUAAUUACAAACAAUGGGUACAUUUUGAUGCAUCCCGAUCAUCGUACAGAGUUCGAAUAUAUCCUAAAACCAACUUUCAAUAGAGUGGACAUUUUGGAAACUGAAAUAUUAGACGACAACAACGAACCGCGAAUAUUUGGUGACGAUAUUGUAAAACUUCGAGAACGUAUGCUUAAAAGAAUCGGAAAUCAGGCAAAGCUAAACAUCAAACAUACUUUGGACGAUAUGAAACGCAUCAUACGUACAACAAGUAAUUACUAUUACACCGAAAUAGGCCCUUUCACCUUAUGCAUAGUCUUACCCGAAAAAUACGGGCACGUAAAAGUGAAUAAAACUCAAGCCGGUUCAUUACACGACCCCGAUCCAAAGUUUCUUUUGAAUCUGGAAAAUUGGGCCGUACAUCCCGAAUGGAUUUAUUGCAAAAAUUGCGAACACAUGAGACCUUUGGAAAGAAUCGAGCAUGCCUAUUAUCAACCUGAUUACAGAACUCCUUUAUACUAUGAGCUUAUGUUUGACCUAAAUAAAACUGCCUGGUUUGAAAAACCAAUACCUCGUGAUGAUAGGUUUGUAGAGCCUUAUUACGUGCACAAAGUUUUCGUUUCUACAAGUUCAGGCUUGACCAAAUGGAAAAUAUUUAAUUCAGCGAUUUACCAAAACAUCUACGGAGAAGAAGAACAGGCUAACGAUAGAUCAAUAGACGAAGAUUGGUACCAAAGAACUGUGGAAGAAAAUUUCAAAAACGAAGAUAUGUUCAUUUAUUCUGUGCCAUUUGAAAUAUCAGGCUAUGAAAAUAACACCAUGAUAAGAGGAACCAAGGCAAUUUUUGUUGAGAAGAAUAACAUGAAAAUACCUGUGGCUGUAGUUGGUUUGGAAUUUAAUCACCAGGCAAUGUACAAAUUGUAUAACAGUAUUACGACAAAAUCUAGAGGACGUAAAGGCGACAAGAAAAUCACCUGCGAAUCAGACUAUUUGAAUUGUUUCAUACUCGACAAUAACGCCUACAUCAUAUUGAGUGAUGAAAUCGAAUACACCGGCCGUUUCAUAGGCGACAUUCGCCCUGACAUUAUGUACUAUCUAGUCAAAGAAAAGGUUUUUGAAUCAACCAGAAUGUUCGAUUACCAGGCAACAUGUCAAUUCAGCCCGCCCGAAGCUCCAGAUCCCGAAGACAUGAGUUGCAUCAAAAAGAAAAACAGUUCAACUAAAAUUAAGAAUCUUUUUGCAGUGAUAUUACAAAAUUUGCUGCAAAUUUUUGAGUGGGCUUUAAGUUAUGUUUACGCAGCAAACGAGCAAGUUUUGAAGGAAGAAACUGAAAAUUUUAAAAGAUUGGCAGUCAAAAAAACCGUACCAACACCUUGCGACCGAGAAUUUUGGCUUUUCACUUUACAAGAUGGAUUCAGGUCUAGUUUUUACAACAAUGACACAACCAAAUUUUAUUGUAACUGGCCUUAUGUAGUUAAAAAAAUCCCAAAUAGCAACUUAAUAUUUCUGGCAAUAUUUGCCAAGUGCUCCAUGACCACUUCCAACUCUUACCCCCACACUCCAGAACCGACUCAAAUUAUUUAUUGGUCCAAAAACGUUACUGUUUCAUUGCCUUGCUACAUCGCCACUAUGAAUAACUAUACAAGGGAACCUUACAUGAAAUGCUACAAAAGAGACGAAAGGGAGGAUAAAUUGAAUACUAUGGACAAACAAUAUUGUGGACAUACGUGGAAGUGAUAUUUUAAUUAGACAAAAAUAAAAUAGAACCAGACCUUUAUUAUUGUUAUCAGAAUGUUACUAAUGUAUAAUAAACUACUUUCCAAGCUUAAUACUGUGUCACACAAUAAAAAUAAAGUUUGAAGCAGAAUAAUUGUGUUUUUUUCUCACCGAGAUUCCUUAUUAUUAGUAUUAACAAAUCAAAUAAAUAUUUGUAUAAAAAUAAAUUUAUAUAAUACCUAUGCCAUGAACAACCAUUCAAUAUAAUUAUUAUUAUUGCACUUUUUGGUGAUAGCAACUGAAAUAAAAAGUUAUUUAGGCCUGUCAAAAUUUAGGAGCUCUUUCAUGCGUUCGACGCACAGUUUUGAACCUUCAUGGGCAUCUUUUGAUAUCUAAAGUUUUGAUUGUAUAUUACUUUUUUACAUAUUUACUGCUACUUUACUUACCAAAGAAAAAUUCAAAAAUCCAUGAGGAAGUCCUUCAAGAAUAUCCAAAGUGACAUUAUUACCAACUGCCUUAAGUCGUC